AUGAAGUUUCUCGCCAUGACCAUUCUGGCCUCUGGUGCCUACGCCGGCGUCUUGGUUCAGCGUGAUCUGGCCGUCAUCAAGGAUGCCAUGACCGCCACUGGACAAGGCCUCGAUGGUUUGGCCAGCGCCCUCAAGGGAUUCUCUGGCGACCCUGCCCCCCUCUUGUCAGCUUCCAACGCUCUCUUUCAGGCCAUGAAGGACGGCAAGGCCAAGGUCGACCCCUCCAGUACCUUGUCCUUGACCGAGGCCCUUGGCCUCCAAGCUCCGGCCAAAGAACUCCAACAGAAGGGCGAUGCCCUCCUGGCAGAUCUCAAGGCUGCCGUGCCCAACCUGGAGAAGGCCGGCCUGUGCGAAGUCACAUACGGCCAGACCGGCGAUAUCAAGACCGCCGGCAAGGCCUUGAUCGACAGCAUCGUGAGCAAGGUCCCCACGGCUGCCCAAGGCAUCGCCCAAGGCAUCGUUGCUCCUCUUGCCAAGGACCUCGAGGAUGCCCAGACCGCAGUCAGCUCGGAAAACUGCAAGAAUAGCGGCACGCCUUCCAUGGGGCGCUCUGCUGCGCCUUCUUCUCCCGAUGCCUCUGCCGCUCCCGAUGCCUCUGCCGCUCCCGCCACCGGUGCUGCUGCCCCGGCGACCUCUGCUGCCCCUGCGGCAAUUUCUGAAGCUCCCGAGGCCGGCGACGCAUGCCCGGCUGCUCCAACCGUCACCGUCACCGCCGUUGACAGCCAGGCGUGCAAGCCUACUCCUACCUGUACCAAGAAGGCUCCCGUCACCGUGACCGCCACCACGAAGGCCUGCGCAGCCAAUACAGGCUUGUGA